AUGCAGGCGCCGGUUGACGCCCAGCUCUUCAUCAACGGCGGCUUUGUUGACUCCUCCGACCAAGAGACAUUCGACCUGUAUAGCCCAUACUCCGGCGACCUUGUGGGCAAAGGUGAGCUCGACCCAUACCAAUCCAGACAUCCAAACGAGGCACAGCGAAGGCGGCCCACCAGUGCAGAGCGAGCUGGUGAACCAUCUUCUCACGGACAAGAAAAGGCCACUCACGAGAGUGAUACGCUCCCAUGGAUGUCCUUGUUCCUGGAAGAGGAUUGCCAGAUGUGGCCGGAUUUGCCAACAGUUGCCGAAGCGACGUCUGAAGAUGUAGACCGCGCCGUCGCCGCUGCGCAGGCCGCGUUUCCAGCAUGGUGCAACUUGCCGCCGGUCGAACGUGGAAAGCCACUCGCAAGGCUCGGGAAGAUGAUAGAGGAUGCUACUUCAGAUCUUGCCCGGCUCGAUGCACUCUCGUUAGGACGACCAGUUGGGACAUACUUCGACGCUCACUACGCUAAAAUGCACUUCAAUUAUUUUGCUGAAGCAGCCUACCCUGUGGGAACAUCCUCCCUGAACACCCCCGGCUUCGUCAAUAUCAGCUUGAAGCAGCCCUACGGCGUUGGCAGCGCUAUCAUUCCAUGGAACGCACCUCUGGUAUUCUUGAGCAAGAAGCUCGCACCCGCACUUGCAGCAGGCAACACGAUGGUCCUGAAGACGUCCGAAAAGGCACCUCUUUCUUCCCACCUUGUCGCCACGUUCCUUAACGAGGCCGGCUUCCCACCUGGUGUUGUCAAUAUCAUCCACGGCCAUGGCCUUCCUUGCGGUGACGCUAUCAGCCGACAUAUGGGCAUCCGGGCUCUGUCUUUCACAGGCUCUGUCAGGACAGGUCGUGCGAUCCAAAAAGCGGCAGCAGAUAGUAACUUCAAGCACCUCGUCUUCGAGCUAGGCGGCAAAAGCCCAGCUAUCGUCUUCUCCGAUGCCGAUUUGGACAAGGCAGCCCAGGAAACUCAGAACUCAAUCAUGUUCCACAGCGGCCAGACAUGUAUGGCAAACUCCCGGAUCUACGUCGAGAAAUCUGUUGCGGAAACGUUCAUCAAGAAGUUCAACGCCUUCGCCUCGAACCGAAAGCUGGGAGAUCCAUUGGAUGCUGAGACUGCCAGCGGUCCCCAAGCCGACAAAGCCCAACACGAGACUGUACUCAAGUACCUCGAAGAAGCCAAGAAGACCGGUCAGGUCCUUGAGAAUGCUACUCUACCCUCCGAGAACGGCAGCUUGUUUGUCCGACCUACCGUGCUCCUCCAACAUCCGGAAGAUUCCAAGGUCAUGAAGGAGGAGAUCUUCGGUCCGGUGGUAGCGAUCAACACGUUCGAGACGGAGGCAGAGGCUCUGCACAAGGCCAACGAUACCGAAUAUGGGCUCUAUGCGGCGGUGUUCACGAAGGACUUUGAUCGCGCGAUGCGGAUAGCUAAAGGCUUUGAGAGCGGAAUGGUCGGUGUCAACUGCACCUCACCGACGGGUGCUUGGGACAUGCCAUUCGGCGGUUACAAGCAGAGUGGUGUGGGUCGUGAGAGCUUCUUGCUCAGUUUGGAGAACGAUUGGAUGGAGACGAAGUCGGUGUACAUGAAGGUGGAGGGCCUCGUACAGAGCACUGCAACGACGAACGGACUGGGCAGAUAG